GCCCCUGGGGCCUCUCGCCUGGCCUGGACACCAGCCCCCUCAGAGCGGCAGCUACAGCGAGAGGCAGCUGAGGCCCUCGUAGGCCUGAAAGAUUCAUCCCAGGCUCCCCGCCUGACCCCUUCCGUGCCCCCCAACCCUGCCUGGAUCUCCUUGCUCCACCCCUGUGGCCCACCAGCUUCCACUGGAGGAAGAGGAUUCCAGCCCGUGGGCCCCGCCCUCCGCCCCAGCACGGGGCCCUCCGUGGCCUUCCACAUCGGGCGUCUGGGCUCCAUCUCCCUGUUGAGCUAGGACUGCGUGGGCGGCGGCAGCGCGCGGCGGUUCACAGGCUGACACGGGAUCCGGCGUGGCGCACGUGCGGGCCUUUUCUCUCUAAGCUCCCGUGGCUCUCGGUUCCUUCCACAGUGGGGGCGUUCCCUUGGUCCGAGCUGGAUUUUCUUCAGCCCAUCUUUGGGUCCUCGGGCCUUUUUAAAUCCCCCAACAAAGAGUUGUACAGUUUAAGCUGACCGUGUGGCACAAUGUCGCAUGAGCUCACGUGCCAGGGUGUUCAUCUGAGCCAUGGCUCUGUGUCCAUCCACGCACCCUGCUUCUCCCGCAUGGGACAUGGGAGAACAGUCCGUUUUGCACCUCGGUUUGUGUGAGUGCGCAGGAACUAAGCCUCUGUUCUUUUAAGCCAGUGAGGUCCGGGGGUUGUUAGCACAGGCUAACCGAGCCAUCCUGACCGCCGGGAGGACUCGUUCAAUUCACUUCUCGAAGUGGAAAUCAAUUACUCAGUAACGGCAGAAAUAAACACUCGUUCCUCA